AUAACAAAGAGAUCAGUUGGGACCUCGCAAGGGGGAAGCAGGGAAGUUAGUGAUUUGAAUAUCGCCGAAGGGUCCAUGAAAAUUGAAUUUCUUCUAGGAAGAAACUUUAUUUUUAUACAAGUAUACUUUUUCUGAUUAUUUUUCUACCUCAGAGUCUUACGAAUCUUUUCUCCACGGUUUCAUCUCGUUUACAAAGGCAGCAUUUGUACCCGCAGGGCUUUGCACAUGAGGGCCGAACUGUGAACUUCACCUGGCUUCAUCACCUGGCUUCGCUGAGAUGAAAUUGUAUACCCAUGCACUUUAGUACCUUUCCAGUUGCCAACCUGAGCAGCCUAAAUAGAUAACCCAGGAGAUUCCGCUUGGCGGCAUUGUGAGGGAAAACUGCAACCACAGCCCAGGUUUCCUCCUAAACGAUGUUCCAGAGGUUCACCAGUAUCCUCUUUGGAGACGUUGCUGAAGAUGGAAGCAGCUGUAAGCGAGCACCUGAGUUCAGUGAAAAAGAGGAUGAUGAUGAAUGGAUUCUUGUUGAUUAUUUAGACACUUGCACUAACACCUGCAGAGAAGGAGAAAGUGUGAUCUGUGCUCAGGAAGAUUCUAGCCUUGAUAGCCCAGCACUGUUCUCCUCUAUCUCCUCUCUGGCUUCCACCAGAGAACUGGUGGACACUGGUUUCCUCGAGCUGAAUCCAUGCACUCUAGAAGAGAGCUGGUUUAUCACCCCUCCACCCUGCUUCACAGCAGGGGGACAGGCCCCUGGACUGCUGGAGACUAGUCCCAUGGAGAACCUGCUCAUUGAGCACCCCAGCAUGUCUGUCUAUGCAGUGCACAACCUGCACAACACCCUGAAGGACACAGCCCGAAGGUCUAGGGAUCAGUCCUUCAACAGGAUGGAACCACAGAAUAGAACUGGUCAGCAUAUUGGCUGCUAUGCAGCUGCACUCAGUGCCCACACCGGUCUCUUUGAACAAGCUAAAUAUGUCCGGCUUUCUCAGCGUACCAAGGACAAUGCAGAAAAGCAACACUUGUCCCGCAGUACCUUGCGCCGUCACAACCUGGUCAGGGAUGGUGGCUCUCGACAGGUCAAAAGCAGUGCGGUUUUCGUUCACCAGCCUACUCAGAGGCAGUUUAACUACUGAACUUUGUCUUUCCCAUAUUUGUGUUUUCUGUAACCGUAUUUGUGGUAUGUCUUUCACACAGAUAAAGAGUCAAGUCAUUUAAAGCCGAUGCUGUGGAUCACUCUACUUUGCGCCAUGUUUUAAGUUGAAAACGCCUGAAAGACAUUUUGAGCUGUUUGUUGCCUCUUGGUGUUCUUAAAAAAAUGUGCCACUCAGUGUGACUGACACCAUCUGGCUUUUCUUACAGCUGAAAGGCACCACUUACAAAAAAGCAGAGGGGAUCUAGAAACAAUAAAAUACACAAUAAAGAUGCCUUAGUGAUCUUAGUGGUGUCGAAAUGUUUGUGGAACAAUUUAAACAGGCAUAAACCGUAGUUUUGUUUCCAUUUGUUCUUUUGGUAUCUGUUUUUUUUUUUUCCCCUGUGUCGUCUGCAAAGAUUUACCUGAACUCUUUGAGAAAUUGGUUGUUGCAGUGAGUCAAGCUUGGAGAUCUUACACAGGUUAUGUUUUAGGGAAUUGCUGCAAAAAGUUUGCUGGGUUCACAAAAAUAAAAAUGGCACCAAACGUGUUUGAAAAUGUAACAACUCAGAAAUGAGAUGGCAUGGUUAUAUAUAUAUAUGUGUAAAUUAUUACUUCAAACUUUUUUUGCUGUCAAGUGCCAGCUCUUAGAUCAUGCUCCAAUAGCUGAGCCUCUCACUUUUAUAAAAUAACACUUUCACACUAUUUGUGAAUAUAGUGAAAUGCUGGAUUUUGCUAUAACUAAACACUUGGUUUUAAUAGUGGACUUUAACUGAAGUAUAUUUAGAAUAAAAUAUCUUCCAGAAAUAUUUUUAAAACAAUUUAAAAAAAACAUUACAUAUCAGUAUGAAGUUGAUAUAUGAGAGGAUGAUAUGUAUGAAUGAGAUAUUCGUAUUAUAUUAGUGUGUGUAUAUGCAUGAUUGUGUAGAGCUAGACUACAUAAAUGCGAAAACUUUUCUUAAAGAAGCGUUUAAUUGUAUCUUUCAGAAUAUUUAUCCUAAAUUUGCAAUAUAAUUCUCAGGGUCAGAACGGUUCACUUUACACUUUAAUAAGAUAAGGAUUACUUGAUUAGCAGUUCAUUGUCUUUGUAUAUAAGCCUUCCAAAUAUAUCAGUGUAAGUGUAUGAUAUUGCCAUGUGAAAUUGUUGUAGACCUACAAAUAUGUGUAUCUUUGAGUAUAUAAAUGAAACAUUUGCUAGCUGGCUUGAGGACUGUGAAGGACUGACUGUACUUUCUUGCUCAGCCUCCUUUAACUUUUAAAAUUAGGAUUAGCGAACAGAUUGCAUAAAUUUGCUUGUUUUGCUAUGAUAUAAUUAAUGUAUAUGUAAUUGGAUAUACAAACUGUACAUCAUUUUCCACAGUUAAGAUGUAUAGAUUAAUCUUUUUUGUGAAAUUACUGUUUCAUUUUAAUGAAUAUAAUUUCUGAACUGUAUUUCUAAACCAAAAAGUAGAAUACCACUUGAAUUCUACAGUAGGCCUAUAUUUUCUAAUGUUUCUGCAUUUAGAUUUCCUAAUGCAAGGAUGGCAUACCUUGAAACAGAAUCUCUGUAAACAGGAAAUUAGGUCAUUUGAAAAGUCUCUUAUCCUUUUAAACAUUACUGAUAUUUCACUUUCAGGUAUUUGCCUACUAACUCGGUUGUUAUCAAAUGUACAGCUUCUGAUACAUUUGCUUUAUAUAUUUUUUUCUUGUUCUGCAUGUUUUAAUAUGUGAAGUAGUCAAUGUUUUAGUACAGUGGUGUUUUAUUUUAGAAUUGAUCCAAUACGUCCAUUUGCAGAACUGUUUGUUACAGCAUAUGGUAAAUAGAAACAAAGAGAUUGGGAGAAUGAAUUUAAAAUCUUCAGUCUGAUGUGCUAUAUUGGAAGGAGCCUUUUUGUGUUUUUCAUAUGACUUAUUUAUGUAUUUUGUAACAGGGAUUUUGUUUUUUGCCUUUAAUUUUGUGGUGGACUUUGUGCCUUCCAGGUUAACAGUAUGACAAUGCAUUAAUGAAGAACUUGAACUGUCCAAAAGGAUGAGACAAAUGAUAGCAGAUUAACUAUGCACAAAAGCUUGUUCUGUGAGCCACUUACUCUGUAUAGCUUUUAUACACAAAUGUAGCAAAUCUUUGGCCUUUUGAUUUUUUGUUAAAAGUGUUUUUGUUAAAGGUGGCGUUUCUCACCAAGUGUUAAAUUUGCUUUAGUUAACUGGAAUAAUGCAGCACUUUGCCAAAAAAAAGUGUAGGAUUGUUUAGCAUUAACUGUUUUUAUAUUCUAAUGGUUCUCAUAGUUAUUCAUUCAGACAGAAAGUGCCAUGAGCACUUCUGAAACAUUUAUGGUCAGAAAGAUGUGCAACCGAGAGAGUCUGUUUCAAAACUGUAACCUUUUAAGCACUGUUAGUGUAAAUAACAUUAACAACCAGUCUUCAAUAAAUGUCUCAUUUAAUAAGC